CCGGACCGCGGAGGCCCUCUGGGAGGGUUGAGGUAUGAAUUCCUGAAACGGGCGGAGGGAGGAAUGCGGAGCGCAGGGCGAGAGGAUUCAGAAUGGGGAAGCGGUACUUUUGCGAUUACUGCAACCGGACCUUCCAGGACAAUCUUCACAACAGGAAAAAACACCUUGAACGGGGUGCAGCAUUUAGAGCCAAGAAAGUCUGGUACGGUUUCUUUACAGAUGCUGCAACCAUCUUACAGGAGGAACAGAUGAAAAAACCCUGUCGGAAAUUUUUGCAAACAGGCCACUGCGAUUUUGGCUCCAACUGUAGAUUUUCUCACAUGACGGGGUUGGAUCUCGAGAAGCUGAACAGCAUGUACAAGGUAAGAGAAGAGGAGAGGAGAGCAAAAGAGGGGCAGCAGGAUGGCACGGCGCUCCCGAUGGGCACGGUCGAAGAAUGGUUGGAGAAACACGCCAAACGGCGACGGGCAGCUGAGACAGACAGUCCUCUUCCCGAAGAAGAAUUGGUUUUCCAGUACCCGCCUGGUUGGCCCCCGGUCCAGGAACUGCCGCCUUCCCUGAGAGCGCCCCCUCCUGGCGGAUGGACGAUCCCCCCAGGUCUCCACUGGGGCUGAGAGUGGCGGGAGAUGAAACGAUGGGCCGUUUCAGGCCGCGGAUUCUCGGCCUUCCCCUGGAGAAAAGAGACAACUUAGCCAAACACGUUUCCAGAAAUUCCUGCCCUGCCGGCUAAUUUAGAAAGGACCGAAACAAACAGCGGGAUAAUUUAUUUAAAUGGUCUCCGUGAAUGACUCCCAGCGCCGUGGGGCUUCCUUCAAUGUGCGGUUCUGAGCCAGAUCCAGCAAGGACCGUCUCCGAAAUCCACUUAUCAAGAGGUUGCUUUCGAUGUGUGUUUAUUGCCCGCAACCUCUCUGCCCCCUCCCCAACCCCCCCCCCAGGAGUUGCUCAAUUUAAGCACCGUCAAAAAGAAAUUAUGUAUUAAUGAGGAUUACCGUAUUUUCCGGACUAUAAGACACACUUUUUUGUCUCCCCAAAGUGGGUGAAAAUGUCUGUGUGUCUUAUAGACUUGAAUAUUGCCCCCCACCCACCUGCCGACCCUUUUCGCCCUCCACACGCCCCGUUUUCGGGCCUUUUUUUUUCUCGGCUUGUUUUCGAGACAUUUUUCCCGGCCCGAAUCUGCCACCAGCUCCGCUGGCCGCACCACAAUACUGAGAAGCCCUUCACUAUCUCCAAGAUGUGGCGGGAUCGGUGCCGAGAAUGAUUGAGGGUGCAAAUAGUGUGUGGGGGGGGUUGCCUUGAAAAGUGGACCCACUUGUAUAUUUUAUUAUUUUUAGCAGCGUAAAAAAAAAAUCUGCAAUAUAAUAUAGAGGUCUGGGGAGAAGUUGGUCCAAAAUAGAAGCCUCCCUCUCACACACACACAAACACACACCCCAAUAUUUUGCAAGACACCCGCAGUUUUUCUCAGGCGGAAUCUGCACUUGGCUCGGAGGUGACUUUGUUAUUAUGCUAGAGCCAAUCGAUUGUACCGGAGUUCAAAUAAAGACGACAGCAUCAACCGAGCGUCAAAAUGCAGGGACCUUUGCUUGUUAUCGAUCCCGCUUCCUUCCACGAUAGGCAUGGCUAUUUUCCUUCCUUUUCACGGAAAAUAAGAGAAAGCUGCCCACUUAGAAUUUCCCAGAACUGCGAC